AGUAGUACAUGUUCACAGAGAAGAAUUCCCUGCCUGUGUCCCUUUGUUCCAUUUCGUAUAUAACCCAUCACUCCCAGAGCAAACCGAAAGAGAAUUUGCAGUUCCUCCUCCUCUCUUCUAUACACUCUCUUUCUAGUUCUUUAUUCAUAUAUAUACAUAUAGAGUUAUACAAACAAAAAGAUUACAGAUCAUAUUAAUUGGGGAAGAAUAUAACAUGCCUGGGAGUUUGGAGCCAUUGGAUGUGGGUGUGCAGAUCCCAUACCACUUUCGUUGCCCGAUUUCGCUUGAGCUGAUGCGUGAUCCGGUGACUGUUUGUACGGGCCAGACGUAUGAUCGGACCAGUAUUGAGUCGUGGGUGGCUACCGGAAAUACAACGUGCCCGGUUACACGCUCGCCGUUGACGGAUUUCACUCUCAUUCCAAAUCAUACUCUCCGGCGGCUGAUUCAGGACUGGUGCGUUGCAAACCAGUCUUUUGGUGUUGAGAGAAUUCCUACCCCAAAACAGCCUGCGGAUCCAACAAUGGUGAGGAAUUUGUUGAAUAAGGCAUCUUCUGGGUCGACGCCGUUUGGCUUGAGAUUGUCGGCUUUGAGGAGACUUAGGGGACUCGCGCGUGACUCCGAUAAGAAUCGAUCCGUUAUUGCGGCGAAUAAUGCACGUGAGAUUCUUCUCGCUAUUGCGUUUUCCGAUUUGGAUUCGGAUUCGAAUUUUUCCGAAUUGAGCCACGAGUCUGUUGCGAUUUUGUCCCUGUUUUCGCUUUCGGAGCCAGAGUGUAUGUUUGUGGCAGCCGAUUCCAACCGAGUUGCAUACCUUGUAAAUCUACUGUUUCAUUCUUCUGUUGAAGUCCGAGUCAACUCGGCGGCAUUGAUUGAGAUUGUUAUCGCCGGAAUAAGGUCCUCGGAUCUCCGAGCACAAAUCAGUAAUGCUCACGGAGUAUUCGAGGGUAUCGUCGGAAUAUUGAACUUUCCGUUAGCAUAUCCAAGGGCAUUGAAAAUAGGAAUCAAGGCACUGUUCGCCUUGUGCUUGGUGAAGCAGCACCGGCAUAAGGCGGUGGCAGCGGGAGCGGUAGAGGCACUGAUUGACCGCCUGGCAGAAUUCGAGAAAUGCGAUUCCGAGAGAGCACUUGCCUCAGUUGAAUUACUCUGCCGGAUUCCUUCAGGUUGCGCCGCAUUUGCAGCCCAUUCGCUUACAGUACCAAUUCUGGUAAAAAUCAUUCUAAAGAUCUCCGACCGAGCAACCGAGUACGCAGCCGGGGCAUUGCUCUCGCUCUGUUCUGCCUCCGAGUUGACACAGCAUGAAGCGGUGGCCGCCGGGGUGUUGACUAAGCUGCUAUUGCUUGUUCAGAGUGAUUGUACAGAGAGAGCAAAGCGUAAAGCGCAAAUGCUCCUGAAAUUGCUGCGGGACUCAUGGCCGGAGGACUCAACUGCAAAUUCGGAUGAUUUUGCGUGCAGCGACGUCGUUCCGUUUUGAUUUUGUCCUUCCUCAAUUGAAACUCUAUUUUUGUUGCAAGGGUAAAAUGGUAAAAAGAAAGGGAAAUAGGUGACAUGAGGGUCAUGAUUUGGGUACAUAAACAAUUGUAGUGUUGCAUGUAUUCUUGUAAGAAUUUUUUGUUUUGGAUAGAACUUUUGUUAAAUGAUGAAAAAAAAAAAAAUCCCCAGGUUUUUGCUCUAUGUUAUGUUUCAUUUUUAGUGGUAUAGGAUUGGAAAUGUAUAACAAGAGUUAAGUUUAUCGAACAUGCAUAUGGAUACAUAAUCUAGUGACUUGUAUAUAAACACAAGUUUUUUGUUUC